AUGGAGGAGAAGCUCAACGUGAUUAACAAGAAUGAUACGUGGGUACUUGUACCUAGACCUCAGGGCAGAAGUCUGCUUGGUUCUCUAUUGUAUGUAUCUGCCACAAGACCUGAUAUUAUGUACAUAACAAGUGUGUUGUCAAGGUUUAUGCAUUCACCAACUGAAAUUCACCUCAAAGUAGCAAAAAGAAUUUUGAGGUGUCAUUUAUUGGUGCACAAAGAAGCAGGGUAUGUGGCUCAAUCAACUGCUGAAGCAGCAGGUGCUGUUAAUCAAGCUUUAUGGUUGAAAAUUUUUUUGAACGACUUGGCAUUUAAGCCAAGUAAAGCAACAAAAAUCCUUUGUGAUAACAAGUCUGCAGUUACUAAGCUAGCUGAUAUUCUUACAAAAGCAUUACAGAAACAGAGAUUUGAUCUUCUUAGAGCUAAGCUUGGAGUAACCAACAACACUUGCAUCAAGGAGGAGUGA